CUCCCCGGGGCCGGCGCAGGCGGCAGGAGCGCGUAGGGGGAGGCGGAGGCUCGGGCUCAUCAUGUGAUGAUUAAUUGGGCGCUGGGUGGUUCCUCUCGCUCUUUCUCUCCUGCUCCCGGCGCUCAGGCUGCUUGUUCUCCCGGCGGCGGCGGGCUGCUCGGCUCUUUGGGAAAUGGGCAGCGAGGGGGCUACUGUGGUUGCGCGCUGGCUCGGGGGGCUGCUCUGAUAUGGGAGGAGCCGGAGCCGCGGCAGCCUGAGCUCAGAUCGGCGGCUGAGCAGCAGGGCGCAAAGGCGCUGCCCAGCCCUGCUUUCCAACUUGGGUGGAGUAUUGGCAGCUACAGGAGCGUGAUUGGCGACUGAUUUAUUGUCUGAACAAGACUCAAAUUGGCUCCUACUGGAUUUAUUACUGCCCCUUUGAUCUGGCUAGUAAUGAAGACAAGACUUUAGAUGCUAGUUCCCAAAGAGCUCUGCUGUUGAACUGAAUCCAUAUAUACUUAUGGUAGGCUGAUCACAAAGCCAGACCAAGACUUGUUUCCAGGGCUUGAUUUGGUUCAUCGGAGUUCAGCUGAAAAACUUUCAAAAAGGCAAAAUACUUACACCUUCCUAUCUCCUUCCUUAUUCCCAGCAGGAGCAUAUUAUCAUAUUCUACGCGGUGUGGUGGUGUGCAUAUAUUUUCGGACAAAUUUUAUUUUCAGGUAAAUGUGAAAAAGGAGAAGAUUGAAAACUGUCCUGGAAACUAAGUGCAGUAAAGAAGAGCCAGUGGAAAAAGUGAAUGUAUUGCAUAGAAAUGGCUGUAUGGAUCUGGACUUUGAGCAUUUUGAGCUGCUUUUAUGUCUGCUGUGAAUUCAAGGAUUGUUUUGAAAGUACGACAGAGUUAAACCACCUUGCAGUGAAUUAUGAUACAGGGACUGUCUAUUUGGGAGCAGUAAACUACCUGUAUCAACUUACAAAAGACUUGAAGAAACAGAUGUCUGUAGAAACGGGUCCAAAAUUGGAUAACAAAAUGUGCACCCCUCCCAUUGAAGCUCAGUGCCCUGAUACAACAUUGACUAACAAUUCCAACAAAUUACUUUUGCUAAAUAAACCUGAGAGAAAGAUUGUUGUGUGUGGAAGCCUUUUUAAAGGAAUCUGUGCUAUUAGAGAAUUGGAGAACAUUGAAAAUAUAACCUAUUACAUUGACAGCGGUGGAGAAAAGUCUUUUGUGGCAAGCAAUGAUGAGACUGUUUCAACCGUGGGACUAAUCACCUCCCUGAGUAAAGGCUUAGUGCUGUUUGUCGGAAAAGGGAAUGGACCAAGUGAUAAUGGGAUAAUAAUUAGCACUAGGCAGCUUUACAUUGAGGAGGGGAAGGACAUUUUUGAAACCUAUACAGAUGCUACAGCUAUGAAAUCAGGAUAUCUCACCUCAAACACUCAGCAGUUUGUGGCAGUCUUUGAAGAUGCUAUAUAUGUAUAUUUUAUCUUUAAUCAGCAGGAGAAACAGUCCCUUAAUAAUGGAAUACUGAUUGCCCGUCUGUGCAAAAACGAUGACCACUAUUAUUCUUACUUUGAAAUGGGUUUAAGCUGUAAAGAUGAUGAUGGCAUUUAUGAUCACUGUCAUUCUGUCUAUGUCACAACUCCAGGAGAAAAGUUGGCUGAGAGCAUAGCCCAACCGGGACAGGAUGGUAGUAUCCUAUCAGAGGGCAAAGUUCUUCUUGCUCUCUUCAGCAAAUUCAACAAAGACAAUGGCUCUCUCAAAUCAGCCAUGUGUAUGUUUUCCUUGAGACAGAUCAAUGAAAAGAUGGAACAGUAUCGGGACCAAUGCUACACUCAAUCUGUCGAAACAAAGUUUUAUAAACCCUUUACAGGACACCCCAUAUGUGUAUCACAGAAGGUUCAGGGUGCAAUCAAGAAUUUUACUUGUGGUUCUGAACAUUUACCAUACCCUUUGGGAAGCGAAAGUGGUAUUGAUGCGAAACCACUAUUACAGAAAGAGGGAAUUAAUCUAACUGCAGUUACUGUUGCAGUGGAGAAUGGGCAUACGGUUGCCUUUCUAGGAACUUCAGAGGGUAAUAUUCUUAAGGUGUUGCUUACGACUCCUGCAAAUGAAUAUAGCACUGUGUCCGCUGAAGUAAAUAAACCCAUAAAGAAUGACCUUGUCCUUGAUGCUAACCAAGAGAACCUGUAUGUGAUGACCACAAACAAGGUGUGUCGCCUUCCUGUCCAGGAAUGUGCGAACUACUCAAACUGUUCUCUUUGUAUACAAGCACAGGAUCCCUACUGCGGCUGGUGUGUAAUGGAAGGGAAGUGCACGAGGAAGAAAGAUUGUGAAAAGGCUAAUAUGCCGAACCAUUGGCUAUGGAGCCCAGAAGGAAUAUGCCUGGCCAUUAUUAGUGCACACCCUCAAAACAUGAGUCGCAAAGCCCCGGGCAAGGUAGAACUGACUGUGAGUCCAUUGCCAGAUUUGACUGAAAGUGAUCAACUUUGGUGUCAGUUUGGUGAAACCACUCAAGUUGCAAAGUUGACAGAUGGGACUAUUAUUUGUGAUCCUCCCCAGACAAUUCCUCACACUCCAAAAGGUCAAGAUCAUGUUUCAGUUUCACUGACAUUAACUUUUGUGAAGAAACAGAUAUUUUUUGCAUCGGCUACAUAUCCAUUCUAUGACUGUGAAGAAGCAAUGAAUCUUUCUGAAAAUCUGCCAUGCUAUUCCUGUGCAAGCAAUCGAUGGAAUUGCCAAUGGGACUGGGAAAAAAACAUCUGUGAAGAGUCAUCUUCAAAAGAGGAUGUGAUUAAACAAAAUAUGGAGAGAGAAUGCCCACAGUUUCUAAAUCCCAAACCUCCAAUAAUACCAAUGGAUUACCCAACAACAGUUCAUUUUGAAGGAAAGAAUCUAGAAAAUUAUCAGGAUAGGUCUUUUAAGAUUGGAAAUGACCAAUUUGAAUUUGAGGCUUCUGUUUACAAAUCAGAGAAUGAAACUUUCUCAUUCCAAAGUAAAGAGUUUUCCUAUGGUACAAAUGAAACUCUGCCACUUAGUCUGUUCAUUAAAACGGAUGAGGUCAAGAUUGACAGUAAACUAAUGGUGACUUUAUACAACUGCUCUUAUGGCCGAAGCGACUGCAGCUUGUGUCUUGCGGCUCAUCCUGACUACAACUGCGUCUGGUGUGAAGAAGAGGGCAAACCAAGCAAGUGCAUUUAUAAGAAUCUGUGUCACGAUCCUCCUACCGAGACAUGUCCUCAUCCAGUCAUUACUCGGAUUGAACCAAAGACGGGGCCACUAACUGGUGGAAUCCUUUUAACCAUAAUAGGAUCUAAUUUGGGUAUAAAAGCUGGAGAUGUCAAAAAUAUAACAGUGGCAGGGACAGAAUGCAUUUUCAAAGAGGAAUUCUACUCUGUUUCCACCAGGAUUGUGUGUCAAGUCGGAAGUGUCUCAGAAUCCACAGUCGGUGAAAUUGAAGUUGAUAUAAAUGGAAAACGAAGUAGUUCAAAACCUGAAAUACAAUUUGCAUACCAAAAACCUCAGCCUACUGGAAUACAUCCACAAAAAGGCCCCCUAGCCGGUGGAACUGUCCUUACGAUCACUGGUAACAAUCUGGAAACGGGUUCCCAGAAAGAUGUUAGCGUGUGCCUCGGUAAUGUGGCCUGCAACAUCAUUAAAUUUGGAGAACAAAUAGUUUGCAGAACAGGAAAAUAUGAUAAAGUUGAAGAAGUUCCUGUAAUUGUGCAUUAUGGAGACACGCAGAACUCCAUAAACCAUCCAUUUUUUACAUAUAUUGAAAAUCCUACUGUCGUGAAAUUCUUUCCAAAAAAUAGCUUCAGCAGUGGAGGGAGACGUAUAACUGUAACGGGAACUGGGUUUGAUAUCAUCCAGAGUUUCUCUAUAGUUGUGACUGCUGACCUUUAUGGGUCUUCCAGAAGAAAGAAGAGGCGAAUACAAAGUCAGGACUCAAAAUUGUUUGAAGGACAAAAUAUUACAAAAAUCAAUGACAGCACAAUAGUCUUCUCUUCUCCACCAAUAUUAGAGGAUCCAGAAAACUAUAAGAUCACUACAUGUAUUAAAAUGGAUGGUCACAAUUUGGAUCUAAAAAAUGACAAGGACCCCUUUAAAUAUGUUGCGGAUCCAACAUUUGAAAACUUCACCGAUGGCAUCAAAAAACAAGUCAACAAACUUAUUCAUGCACAGGGCAGUAAUCUGAACAAAGCCAUGACGAGAGAGGAGGCUCAAGCUUUUGUGGGGGAAGAACCCUGCAACAUAAAAACAUUGACUGAAAAGGACUUGUACUGUGAACCACCUGAAGUACAACCUCAGCCAAAGAGAAGACAGAAGAGAGAUACAACCAACAACCUUCCUGAAUUCAUUGUGAAAUUUGGCAACAGAGAAUGGAUCCUAGGAAGGGUGGAAUAUGACACACGUGUGAGUGACAUACCUCUGGAGGUGAUUUUGCCAUCAGUAAUUUUUCCUAUGGUAUUCAUUAUCAUCAUUUCCAUCUACUGCUACAGGCGAAAAAGCCAACAAGCAGAACGUGAAUAUGAAAAAAUCAAGUCACAGCUUGAAGGUUUGGAAGAAAGUGUCAGAGAUAGGUGCAAAAAAGAAUUCACAGAUCUAAUGAUAGAGAUGGAAGAUCAGACCAAUGAUAUCAGUGAAGCGGGAAUUCCUGUGUUGGACUAUAAAAUGUACACAGACAGGGUCUUCUUCUUGCCCUCAAAAGAUGGAGAGAAAGAUGUAAUGAUUACUGGGAAACUGGAUAUUCCAGAGGCAAGACAGCACACUGUGGAACAGGCUCUAAAUCAGUUUUCCAAUCUACUGAAUAGCAAAUCAUUUCUUAUCAAUUUUAUUCAUACAUUGGAGAACCAGAGGGAGUUCUCUGCCAGAGAAAAAGUUUACUUUGCAUCCUUAUUGACAGUUGCUUUACAUGGAAAGCUAGAAUACUAUACUGACAUCAUGAGGACAUUGUUCUUAGAGCUGAUGGAGCAGUAUGUUGUGGCCAAAAACCCAAAGCUGAUGCUCAGAAGAUCAGAAACUGUUGUGGAGAGGAUGUUAUCCAAUUGGAUGGCUAUUUGUUUAUAUCAAUAUCUGAAGGACACUGCUGGAGAGCCUCUUUAUAAACUGUUCAAGGCAAUCAAACACCAGGUGGAAAAAGGCCCCGUUGAUGCGGUGCUAAUGAAAGCCAAAUAUACAUUGAAUGACACAGGGUUACUAGGAGAUGAUGUAGAGUAUACACAGUUGACAGUAAAUGUGUUUGUUCAAGAUGGAGGCACUGAUUCUGUACCAGUGAAAGUGCUAAACUGUGAUACUAUUUCUCAAGUAAAGGAAAAGAUAAUAGACCAGGUCUACCGAAAUCUGUCUUGUUCACAGUGGCCAAAAGCUGACAGUGUUGUUCUAGAGUGGCGUCCAGGUUCUACUGCCCAGAUCCUCUCAGAUUUGGAUUUAACAUCCCAACGAGAUGGCAGGUGGAAACGUAUCAAUACUCUCAUGCAUUAUAAUGUCCGAGAUGGUGCCACACUUAUCUUGUCAAAAAUAGGAAUUUCCCAGCAGCCAGAGGAUAAUCAGCAAGAUGUCCCAGGGGAAAGACAUGCAUUAUUGGAAGAUGAAAAUAAGGUCUGGCAUCUAGUUCGGCCAGUAGAUGAAGUCGAUGAAGGUAAAUCGAAAAGAGGAAGUAUGAAAGAAAAAGAGAGAACCAAAGCUAUUACAGAAAUCUACCUGACAAGGCUUCUAUCUGUAAAGGGUACACUUCAGCAAUUUGUAGAUAACUUUUUUCAUAGUGUACUCAACUCACAUCAUGUUGUGCCACCAGCUGUGAAAUACUUUUUUGAUUUUCUUGAUGAGCAAGCAGAAAAACAUGAGAUCAAGGAUGAAGACACCAUUCACAUCUGGAAAACAAAUAGUUUGCCACUUAGAUUCUGGGUAAACAUAUUGAAAAACCCCCAUUUUAUCUUUGAUGUUCACGUUCAUGAAGUAGUGGAUGCUUCCUUGUCAGUCAUUGCACAGACUUUCAUGGAUGCCUGCACGAGAACAGAGCACAAAUUAAGCAGAGAUUCUCCAAGUAACAAAUUACUUUAUGCAAAAGAGAUCUCUAACUAUAAGAAAAUGGUGGAAGAUUACUACAAAGGUAUUCGUCAGAUGGUGCAAGUGAGUGACCAGGACAUGAAUACUCAUUUAGCAGAGAUUUCCAGGGCACACACAGAUUCUUUAAACACCCUUGUGGCUCUACACCAGCUCUACCAGUAUACUAACAAAUACUACGAUGAAAUCAUAAAUGCACUUGAAGAGGACCCAGCAGCACAAAAAAUGCAGCUUGCCUUCCGUUUACAGCAGAUAGCAGCUGCAUUAGAGAAUAAAGUGACUGACCUUUGAUUAAAAAGCCACAAUAAAGAAAUCUGAUCUGAAGAUGUUUAAAUUCAUUCUUCCUGUUAAGGAAAUAGUGUUCUAUUUUUUAAUGUAUAAUUACAACUUUAAAUGAAAGAUUUCAUGUUUUUGAUAGCAGAGCUGUAAUGUAAAGAAUUUUUACUGUAAAUUAUACUUCUAAUUAAAAUCUGUGUUGUGUGUAAAUGAAUCAUUUGUGAGGGGGAAGAGUCAUUGGGGAAGAAUUAUAGUUCAUUUAAUCAAAUAGUACAAUCUGAAACAUCAGCAUUUUUAGAAUCAUUAUGCAAGUAAAUUAAAUACUAUAGCAUCCUUUAUAUUUUAAGCAAUAUUUGUACUUGGGAAAAUGGUAGCAUAUUUGAAGAAACAGAUGCAAUAUCCCCUCUUAUGUUGAUAACUGGAAAUUAAUUUCCUACUAGCUCUGAAAUCAGUAGCUACAUUAUGCUCACAACAAAUAUAGUAAAUGACAUAUCUGCUAUGAUUUUUCUUUAAGAUCUUGGGAUGGGUUUUGAUGCCAUACAAUACUAUUUCUCUAAAUUUACCACACCUAUCUAUGGUAAUGCAUGGUAUUAUACCCAUCACAGUUGAUUGUUACGGGAGUAAUAUAGUUAUGUCUCCUCUAUAGAAAGGUUCUGAUGGUAAAUUCCAAUUUGAUUCAUAAAUCACUGCAAGGGAAAUUAGCCCUUAAAACUUUGCAACCUUUUGUUUUUAUUGUGAGUUUUACAAUAUAUGCUAAUGUGCCUUACUUGUAUUAAUUCUGUGAAUCUGAUGAACGGUUUUGUAAAGAGAAGCAGGUCAGAAAAAUAUUUAUGUGCUGUUGAAUGACUUUUUUUGUGUGUGAAAAACAUGACCAGCAGAAUGCCUGUAAUUAGUUGCUUGCCAAGAGUGUGCUGUUUAACAUGAUUGUUAUGUAAAAUAUCUUGUAUCAGAAUAGUUCGGAUUUUUUUAAUUUGAAACUUGGAACUAUCCUAGAGGAACUACCACUUUUUUUUAUUGUACUUGUGAUGUAAAAUACUAGUAAUGAAUAAUGAUAAUAGAAAAAUCUUAUAUCCAUAUAGCUAAAUACCACUCACAAUCAAGCCUUGGAAUGCUGCAUAUGAUCGAAUAUACAUCAUAACCAAUAGCAGUGAAAAUUAAAAAUACUUGUCAAGAAGUGUGUUUACAAUAUAAAUAAGUUCUAUCCAAUUUAAAAAGCUAGGUACGUUUUCUUCAAUUGCUGUAUUGCACAUGAGAGAACUUUGUUUCAUUCUUGUCUCAGAGUUUUUUGGCAGUUAAAGUAGCAUUUUAAUGUAGUGCUGCCAUGUGCACUAAUUCCCUUUCAUUAUUGCUUUUUUUUGCCUGCUGAGCACUUGAACUCUGCUAAUUCUUGGCAAGAUGCUGUAGUUUCUGCUGCCAUCUCUUCUUCCCUGUUGUCUGUCCUACAGUGAAUUUAAACUUUUGUUGAUUUUUAUACUUUUUGAAAAUAUCCUCAGAUUCAUGAAUUGCCUUCCCCUAAAAGUCAAAGGCCUCAUUGCAGGGUCACUCUCCCAUCCCAUUUCAGUUCUUUUAUUUAAAAAAAAAAAAAAAAAAAGAACAAAACUAGAUUUUUUUGCAUCCAUGCGUAGACAUUGCUCAGCAUGGCUGGGCCGGAAGUUAUUUUCCAUUUUUUUAGGACUGUGGUACAUAAGAAUGCUGCAUCAAAAACACUGUGCCUGCUACUCCUUGAUGAACAGAGACACCCAUCAUGUUUUCAUUGCUAAUCUGUUGCUUUUGUCAUUAUUUGUAAAUCCUGUUAAUUGUAAAUCAAAUACAAUGUGUUUCUUUUCCUUUAA